CAAAACUCAAAACAAACCCUCUCUCUGCAUCAUUCAUAAAGUGCAAAGCCAACACAUAAAGCUACCAUAGAAACAGUCUAAAAACAUGCUUUCUUGCUCUAAAAGAGAUCAUCAGUUGCAGACAAACAAAGGAGCUCUCUCUCUGUGAAGUCAUCAGAGUUUCUUUUCUUUUCUUUUUAUCUUCUCAACUUAAUGGAUGCUCAUAAAUUUUCACAGGGCUUUCGGGGUAUUGGCAUGGUGAAGCCCAUGGAGGAGACGGUGCCCAACACGUGCACAAAGGGAGGGCCAGAUCUAGAGAGAAAAACAGGGCCACCGGAGCAAUUGAAUUGCCCGAGGUGCAACUCCACAAACACCAAGUUUUGUUACUACAACAAUUAUAGCCUCACGCAGCCAAGAUACUUCUGCAAGACUUGCAGGAGGUACUGGACCGAAGGUGGGUCUUUAAGAAAUGUGCCGGUUGGCGGUGGUUCGAGGAAGAACAAAAGAUCGACUACGAUAUCCACCUCGUCGUCAUCAUCGACUUCAGCCAAAGUACCAGAUCUAAACCCGACGAGUUUCCCACACUUGUUGUCGUCUCAAAACCCUAAGCCACCAGCCCACAAAGGCCAGGACCUUAACCUGACUUUCCCGGCUAUGCAAGAGACUCAUCAUGGUUUGGGUUUAUCUCAUUAUAAUGACCAGCAAAGCUACUACUCGCCUUCGGCUAUGGAUCUCCUUAGGGCCGGGAUGGCAUCAUCAAAGGGGUUGAAUUCUUUCGUUCCGGCGCCGACCCAAAACUCGGCUACACUUUACUCUACGAAGUUUUCCAUACAAGACUAUAAACCUACACUCAGUUUUCCGAUCGAUGGAGCUGUGAAUAGGUCUGGCGUGCUCCAUGGUGGUCAAGAGAAUAAUGGUGGAAGGGUUUUCUUCCCUUUUGGAGAAAUGAAACCAAUUUCAAGCUCUAAUGAAGUUGAUGAUCAAAACAAGGAACCAAGCAAUUCAGCUGGAUAUUGGAAUAAUAAUGGAGUGUUAGGUGGAGGAUCAUGGUAAAAGAAAUGAAGAAGAAGAGGAAGGAUCAAGGAACUGAGUUUUCCUUAAUUUUUCUCUCUCUUGUUUUUUCAGAUGGUUGAUUUGAUCAUUACUUGUUAAAAGUUGUCUAGAACUAACAGAUCAUUAUCGUAGGAUACAUAUAUAUAUAAUGAUGGUGGUUUUCUUUGCUUUUCAAUCUCCUAUCUCUCCUAUGAACAGUGUAAAAAGCAGAUCGGAUCGAAUUUGGGGUUUUGCUUUUCAUGAGAGUUUCUAUGUUUUA